GGGGAUAGCGUGCUCAGGGCGCAGGUGCGGGCGGCGCGGCUACGCGGCGGGAAGCGGAGGUGAGCGUGCGGUACCCAGGUGGUGGUGACCUCGCUGGGCUCGCCCGGGAGCCGGGGUUGGGAAGGGCUUUCGUUUGCCCCGGCCGUGGCUCAGUCGGCUGCUUGGAGCGUGCUCCACACCCAAUGCGGGGCUUGAACUCAGGACCCUAAGAUUAAGAGUCACAUGCUCUCCCGACUGAGCCAGCCAGGAGCCCCUCUAUCCAUCUACUUCAGAGCUGACUAGGAAGGUUUCUGGAUCUUCCCUGGCCAGGGGAUUUCUCCCGGCCUCCAGCCAUGCGUCUCUCUGCCCUGCUGGCCUUGGCUUCCAAGGUCACUCUGCCCCGAGACUACCGCUAUGGGAUGAGCCGCCCAGGCUCUCUGGCAGACAGGAGGAAGAACCCUCCAGGGACCAGGCGGCGCCGGGUGGCUGUGGAACCCAUCUCUGAUGAAGAAUGGCAUCUGUUCUGUGGGGACACGGUGGAGGUUCUCGAAGGCAAGGAUGCUGGGAAGCAAGGCAAAGUGGUUCAAGUCAUCCGGCAGCGCAACUGGGUGGUCCUGGAGGGACUGAAUACACACUACCGCUAUGUUGGCAAGACCGGGGAGUACCGGGGAACCAUGAUCCCUAGCGAAGCACCCUUGCUCCACAACCAGGUCAAACUUGUGGAUCCUGUGGACAGGAAACCCACUGAGGUGGAAUGGAGAUUCACAGAGGCAGGAGAGCGGGUACGUGUCUCCUCAAGAUCAGGAAGAAUUAUCCCCAAACCUGAUUUUCCCAGAGCUGAUGGCAUCGUCCCUGAAACAUGGACCGAUGGUCCCAAAGACACCUCGGUGGAAGAUGCUCUAGAAAGAACCUAUGUGCCCUGCUUAAAGACACUGGAGGAAGAGGUGAUGGAGGCCAUGGGGAUCCAGGAGACUCGGAGACACAAGAAGGUCUACUGGUAUUGAACCUGGGGGCGCAGCCUCUCCCCUCCUUGUCUUCACCUUGAAGGCCAGGGCUACCUCUUCUCCAGACCCCAAUAAAGAGCCACGAGUCUUCCCCCGCGU